AUGGCAGCCGCAUCAGGAGACAUUCGACACUUCCAACCCAAAGACGAGAUCCUCGACACGACUGACAAAGACUCGAUGAAUCUGAAGGAACUGGAACAAGGAAUGAAACAAACGCCCUCACCACCGCACCCGGAGGUUGCUGACCAGCCCGGCCCUCAACCCAAGUCGCCAAAACGCACUCGAAUCACAGAAUGGCUGUUGUGGUUUCUCAAAGACCAAUGGUUCCUCCUCGCCAUGGGGCUCAUAAUUCUCAUCUCCUCGCAGGUCCAGGUCCCCGCCUCGCAGCAACGUAUCAAGCGGACUGCCAUAACUUACCUCUCAGUCAGCGUCAUCUUCUUCAUCAACGGCUGUACGCUGCCCACGCGUCUGCUCAUCGAGAACUACAUGCGCUGGAAACUCCACGCCUUUGUACAGUUGCAAUGCUACCUCGUCUGCAGCGCAGCGACCUUUGCUAUCGUGUCGUUGUGCGCUACAAACCCCAACUUUAUGGAUCCAUGGCUACUUAUUGGUUUCCUCUUCGUUGGAUCCGCGCCGACGACUAUGAGCAGCAACGUGGUUAUGACACGACAAGCGCAUGGCAACACCGCGCUCACCGUCGUGCAAAGUGUUAUCGGCCAAUUCCUCUGCCCAUUUCUCAGUCCUAUCAUUGUGCAGAUGUAUCUCUCCAGCGGCGCAUGGUACACCCAGGUCCUCGAGAAAGGGUCUGGGUACGGCGAGAUCUACCGGCGAGUGUUCAUGCAGCUAGGGCUAUCGCUCUUCCUGCCCAUGGCUGUGGGACAAGUUGUCCAAUACUUCUUCCCCAAGCAAUGCAAAAAGGUCUUCCUCGAGUGGAAGCUGAUGAAGUUGAGUAGUAUCGCAUUGCUCACGCUGGUGUGGCAAACCUUCGACCAAGCUUUCCAGUCCCACGCCUUCGAAAGCGUCAAGAAAAGCAACAUCAUCUUCAUCAUUUUCAUCUGCAUGGCACUGUACUUCAUAUGGACCGCUAUUUGCUUUACAGCUGCGAUCAUCUGGCUCCCCAAGAAAGACGUAAUCGCCUGCUGUUACUGCUGCCCGGCCAAGGCACUGGCCAUGGUGGUGCCCUUGACGAGCGUCAUGUACAUCAACAUUAGUCCGAUUCAGCAGUCGAAGUUGCAAAUUCCUGCCAUCAUUUUCCAGGCGUUCCAGGUCGGGAUCGGCGGCCUGAUGACGAUUGGGUUCCGCAGGUGGAUCAGGAGUGAAGAGGAGCGGGAAGAAGAGAAAACGGCUGGACGACAAGAGCCAAAUUGA